UUCAGUAUUCGUAUUGUGGUUGACAGUUAUUGCCAAGGGAGAGAGGGGAGAAGUGUGAGCUUAAAGUCCUGAAGUUGGAUUGCGUUAGAUUCAUUAAAAUGAAAUGCUCAGCAGCAUGAAGGGGAGGAAAAAGAAUAGUAGAUAAAAAUGGCAAAAAUGGAGGUGAAGACAUCUCUUCUUGACAAUAUGAUUGGGGUUGGAGAUAUGGUACUUCUAGAGCCCCUCACCGAGGACUCCUUCAUCAGUAACCUCAAACAACGUUUUGAUCACAGUGAGAUAUAUACUUACAUUGGUAGUGUGGUGAUAUCAAUAAAUCCAUACCGAUUGCUACCUAUUUAUUCACCAGAGAAAGUGGAAGAAUACAGAAACAGAAAUUUCUAUGAACUCCGACCACACAUUUUUGCCCUCUCAGAUGAAGCGUAUCGUUCUCUGAGAGACCAGGAUAAAGAUCAAUGUAUACUUAUAACUGGAGAGAGUGGAGCUGGAAAAACAGAGGCCAGCAAACUGGUCAUGUCUUACGUUGCAGCUGUUUGUGGCAAGGGAGCAGAGGUUAAUCAAGUAAAAGAACAGCUUUUACAGUCUAACCCAGUGCUUGAAGCUUUUGGAAAUGCCAAAACUGUAAGAAAUGAUAAUUCCUCAAGAUUUGGAAAAUACAUGGAUAUUGAGUUUGACUUCAAAGGUGACCCACUUGGAGGAGUUAUAAGCAACUAUUUGUUGGAAAAGUCCCGUGUUGUUAAACAACCGAGAGGUGAAAGAAAUUUUCACAUUUUCUAUCAGAUACUGUCUGGAGGAUCAGAAGAUCUGCUUAAAAAACUUAAACUCGAGAGAGAUUUCAGCCGAUACAACUACCUUAGCCUGGGCUCUGCGAUAGUCAAUGGAGUAGACGAUGCUGCAAACUUCAGAACAGUUAGAAAUGCCAUGCAGAUUGUGGGAUUCAUGGACCAUGAAACACAGUCAGUUUUUGAAGUUGUGGCAGCUGUCUUAAAACUGGGAAACAUUGAAUUCAAGCCUGAAUCUCGUGUGAAUGGUUUAGAUGAAAGCAAAAUCAAAGAUAAAAAUGAACUCAAAGAAAUAUGUGAGUUGACAGGAAUUGACCAGUCAGUACUGGAAAGAGCUUUCAGCUUUCGUACAGUUGAGGCCAAGCAGGAGAAAGUCUCUACAACCUUAAAUGUGGCUCAGGCUUACUACGCUCGGGAUGCUUUGGCAAAGAAUCUUUAUAGUAGAUUAUUUUCCUGGCUUGUUACCAGAAUCAAUGAGAGCAUUAAGGCACAGUCAAAAGUAAGGAAGAAAGUAAUGGGAGUUUUGGACAUCUACGGCUUUGAAAUAUUUGAGGAGAACAGUUUUGAGCAAUUCAUUAUUAACUACUGCAAUGAGAAGUUGCAGCAAAUCUUCAUUGAACUUACGCUAAAGGAAGAGCAGGAAGAGUACAUACGAGAGGGCAUUGAGUGGACCCAUAUUGAAUACUUCAACAAUGCUAUAAUCUGUGACCUCAUAGAAAAUAACCAGAAUGGAAUUCUUGCUAUGCUUGAUGAAGAAUGCCUAAGGCCAGGGGCUGUUACUGAUGAGACAUUCCUAGAGAAGCUGAACCAGGUCUGUGCUACUCACCAGCACUUUGAAAGCAGGAUGAGCAAAUGUGCACGUUUUUUGAAUGAUACUUCUCUGCCGCAUAGUUGCUUCAGAAUUCAACAUUAUGCUGGCAAGGUGAUGUACCAGGUAGAAGGAUUUGUUGACAAGAAUAAUGACCUGCUUUACCGUGAUCUGUCCCAAGCCAUGUGGAAGGCCAACCACUCCCUCAUUAAAGUCUUAUUCCCAGAAGGAAACCCUGCCAAGAUUAAUUUAAAGAGGCCCCCAACAGCAGGUUCACAAUUCAAGGCUUCUGUGGCAACCUUGAUGAAGAACCUGCAAACAAAAAAUCCCAAUUACAUCAGGUGCAUUAAGCCAAAUGAUAAAAAAGCAGCCCACAUUUUCAAUGAAGCACUAGUUUGUCAUCAGGUUCAUUAUUUGGGUUUGCUAGAAAAUGUCCGUGUUAGAAGGGCAGGAUAUGCAUUCAGGCAACUGUAUGAGCCUUGUCUAGAAAGAUAUAAAAUGCUUUGUAAACAGACGUGGCCACAAUGGAGAGGCCCUGCCAGAGCUGGUGUAGAAGUACUAUUUGGUCAGUUAGAAAUCCCUGAAGAAGAAUUUUCUCUGGGUAGAUCAAAAAUCUUCAUCCGCAAUCCAAGAACACUCUUCAAAUUGGAAGACCUUAGAAAACAGCGCCUUGAGGACUUGGCUACACUAAUUCAGAAGAUCUACAGAGGCUGGAAGUGCCGCACACAUUUCCUUCUCAUGAAGAAGAGCCAGGUUGUUGUGGCUGCCUGGUAUAGGAGAUAUGCUCAACAAAAGAAGUACCAACUAACCAAGAGUUCUGCUAUCAUAGUACAAUCUUACAUCAGAGGAUGGAAGGCCCGAAAACUUCUGCGUGAACUCAAGCACCAGAAGCGCUGUGAGGAAGCUGUCACAACUAUUACAGCAUAUUGGCACGGUGCUCAGGCGCGAAGGGAACUGAGGCGGCUGAAGGAGGAGGCUAGGAAUAAACUUGCUAUUGCUGUUAUUUGGGCUUGCUGGCUUGGAUUUAAGGCUCGAAGGGAGUUGAAACGCUUGAAGGAGGAGGCUAGGCGUAAGCAUGCUGUGGCAGUCAUUUGGGCUUACUGGCUUGGAUUAAAGGUCCGCAGGGAGUACAGGAAAUUCUUCCGAGCCAACGCAGGAAGGAAAAUUUAUGAAUUCAUACUUCAGAAAAUUAUACAAAAGUAUUUUUGGGAAAUGAAGAAUAAGAUGCCUUCCUUGUCACCAGUAGAUAAAAACUGGCCUGCAAGGCCUUAUCUCUUCUUGGAUUCAACUCAUAAGGAACUGAAGAGGAUAUUCCAUUUGUGGAGGUGUAAAAAGUACAGAGACCAGUUUACAGACCAGAAGAAGCUUGUUUAUGAAGAAAAACUGGAAGCUAGUGAACUUUUCAAGGACAAGAAAGCUUUAUAUCCAGCCAGUGUUGGGCAGCCUUUCCAAGGGGCUUACCUCGAAAUCAGCAAGAACCCCAAGUAUAAGAAACUGAAAGAUGCUGUGGAGGAAAAAAUUAUUAUUGCUGAAGUAGUAAACAAAAUUAAUAGAGCAAAUGGAAAGUGCAGUGCUAGGAUAUUCUUGCUCACAAAAAAUAAUGUCCUCCUUGCUGAUCAGAAAUCAGGACAAAUCAAAUCAGAGGUCCCUCUGGGGGAUGUCACCAAAGUAUCCAUGAGCUCUCAGAAUGAUGGCUUCUUUGCAGUGCAUCUCAAAGAGGGAUCCGGAGCAGCUGGAAAAGGGGAUUUCCUGUUCAGCAGUGAACAUCUUAUUGAAAUGGCCACCAAACUUUACCGCACUGCACUUAGCCAAACCAAGCAGAAGCUCAGCAUUGAAAUUUCUGAUGAGUUCCUGGUGCAGUUCAGACAAGACAAAGUCUGUGUGAAGUUUGUGCAGAGCAACCAGAAAAAUGGCAAUAUUCCCACUUGCAAGCGAAAAAACAACAGACUUCUUGAAGUUGCUGUUCCUUAAUUACACAUACACAUACUUUCUAAUCUUAAAUGGACCCAGUUCUUCAUAAUGGUGCAAUUUUAUCUGGUGGGGGGUGGGGGGAGGAUUUGGCGGGGAUGUGUUUGGCCAGUGGCCAACUGUUUUGGGAAUCCCUUUUGAAAAGACAUAAGUAACUUGUCGGCACUUGCUUUUGGCUUCAUAUGACAACUUAUGGUUGAUAUAUAUAGGCUUUGUCUACUGAAAGCAUAUUAUGAACAGGCAAUUUUAUCACAAUUUUCUUUGCUUAUUCUUUGUUCCUUAAUGAUGUGUAUUGCAAAUCUGUAUGCUUUUAUGCCAUUCUUCAUAUUUGUGGGAUUAGAAUCCUCCACCUCAGGCUACAUAGAUUGCCAGGAACAGAUUGCUUAACCAUGUUCAUUACACUUUCCCCCUCCUCAUCAUGAUCUCUGGCAAAGUGCAGUCCAAAGGGUUAACAGAGACUGAAGAGUCUGGCAAAAUUCUGGAACUUGAAGUAGUUACCUUUUUAAAUUGCAAGCAGCACCAUGCACUGUGUAAUUUGAGCAUUAAUGGAAUAUAGGGCAGGAAACCCUAAUUCUGCAAAGCAGAAGGAAUGUUUGACUGUAUAUGCAGCAGUUGCAUAUGUUUUUUUAUUAUUAUUAUUUGCAGUGGAAAAAAUACUAGCAUUUUGCCUCAGUUUUUUUAAUUGAUACUUUUAAUGACUUUAUAAGGUUAGGAAGCAGAAUGAGCCCAUUAAGGAAGCAAUACAUAUAUUCAACAGUCACAAGACCUAUAAAGCCCAAGGCAUAUUUUUAGCUCUUUGUGGGGGUUUUCCCUUUUCUCAUAAAAAUAAAAUAAACAGUUAAACUCCAUAACAUGCAUUUGGAAAGAGGCUAAGAUAUUUUAAACUACUAGUCAAAUGAAGGGAUAGAAUCUUUGUUUUCCUCAAACAUUGGUUAUAUGUGCUGUAUAAUGUGCAAUAAAGCAUUCAUACAACGUGUGAAAAGUAUUUAUAAUAACUUCUGUUGAUAAAAAGGAUGUUUAGGACAGCCUACAUAUACCUUGCUUUCAAGACUGUGUUAAUUUAGAAGGGAUUUGGUGGGGGGGAUGUAGGCUACUAUUACUUCAGUUUUAAAAAAAUCAUUUGGAGGGAUGAUGUACAUAAAUUUGAUAUUAAUGAUAAAUAAAUGUUCUAAUUCUGUUCUGUUUGGUACUCUUGUAUAACCAUAUUUUUGUAUUUCAACCAGUUUUAUAUAAGUUUGUGUGCCUGAUAUGUAAUGUGUACAGAAAAACACUUUACAAUCAAGAACUGCAUUCUCAAUGUCCAGAAUACAGAUUGCAAUUUAAAGCCUUGUAUAAACCAGGAGAAUUAGCCGAAAGCAUUGAUUUAUGGAGUGUCGUUUUCAAGUGUUUAGAUGGAAGUUAGUUUAAGGAGAUUGUCGAAUGUGACUGCUUGAUUUUGUUGAUGUAAGGAUGUUUUUAGAUCUAGUGUAGUCUCAGUCUGAUGCAAGAACUUGCCUUCGAGGAAAGGUUGCUGCACAAGAUGUGAAAUGCUAAAAAGCCCGAGUAUAAAUAAAGAAAAGCUUUGAAGUGCUUA